GGCUAUGAAGCUCAUCACCUCGUUGCAAAAUAUCAUCUCAUUUCAGGAAGAAUAUGGGUGGAUCCAUGCUGCUCCAUAGACUUCCCUUGAGAGUUGUGCUGCUGUUGUGCUCAUUGGUAGCUCUAUUCUCAGUAGUUACUGCGGAUGUAGUCCAAACAACAAAGCCCGGAUGCGCGAACAGAUGUGGCAACCUCACCUUCGCGUACCCAUUCGGGAUGAAUGAUGCCGGCGACGACUGCUACUUCAAAGAAAAAUCAAAGUCUUUCCUCAUCUUUUGCAACGACUCGACUGAUCCUCCCACUCCUCGUAUGUACAGUAAAGAUUCUAAUUUCCGAGUACUCGAUAUAUCUAUGGAGAGCCACGAGAUUAGUGUAAUGGUGUUUGUAGCCAAAGAUUGUUAUAAUUCGUCCGGCACAUCCUUGUACAAUAAUGAUCCUCACUUCUCUCUUCCCAUAUUCCCCAUAUCUUCUGCCAAGAACAAAUUUAUCGCCGUGGGAUGCGACACGUACGCGACCUUCAGCGGAAGCACGUAUGUGACGGGGUGCUUGUCCUCAUGCCACAGCGUCUUGGACGUGAUUAAUGGGUCGUGCUCGGGCAUCGGUUGCUGCGAGACUAGCAUUCCUCGAGACGCCUACCGAUACAACAUCUCUGUCACUAGCUACAACAAUCAUCUCGGCAUCUCUGAAUUCAAUCCGUGCGGAUACGCUUUCGUUGCCCAAGACGGCUUCUUUAGCUUCUCUACGGACAAUCUGCGCGGGCCGCCAUUUGAUAUGGUCCCUCUAGUUGUCGAUUGGUUAAUUCCAAAUCAAACAUGCGAUGAUGCACAGAAGAAUACAACGACCUACAUGUGCCGAGAGAACUCCAAUUGUACAGAUGCUGAGAAUGGAAAUGGCUACCAGUGCCACUGCUUGAAGGGUUUUCAAGGGAACCCCUAUCUCCAAAAUGGUUGUCAAGAUAUCAAUGAAUGCGUGAUUUCACAACCCUGCGUUGAAAUAUGUACGAACUUGCCGGGAACGUAUAAUUGUUCAUGUCCGAAGGGAUCCCGAGGAGAUGGAAAAAAAGAUGGCAACGGUUGUACUCCUACAAAGAGGUUUCGCUCAAUGGACAUCGUGCUAGGCGUGAGCAUAAGCUUCCUGCUGGUUCUUUUGGCCGUUUCCUGGUUAUAUUGGGGCCUUAGAGAAAGAAAAAUCAGGAGACAGAGAGAGAAGUUCUUCCAAGAAAAUGGGGGCCACGAACUGUUGCAGAGACUUCGUUCUGAGCACAAAGGCUCCAUUGAAUCCGUGAGAAUUUACACCGACGAAGAUCUCAAGAAGGCCACGGAUCACUACCAUGAAAGCCGAAUCCUAGGCCAGGGAGGCCAGGGAACUGUAUACCGAGGGAUCUUAGCAGACAACAGGGUUGUCGCCAUCAAGAAGGCCAAGAUUUUGGCCCGAAGUCAGGUUAAAGAAUUCAUCAACGAGCUGAUCAUCCUCUCCCAAAUUAAUCACCGCAAUGUGGUUAAGCUAAUCGGUUGUUGCUUCGAGACGGAGGUCCCGUUAUUAGUCUACGAGUUUGUGACCAAUGGCACCCUUUCUGACCACUUACACAAGUGCGGCCACGAGUCCACAUUAUCCCGGAGGGCUCGUCUGCGCAUUGCAGGGGAGACCGCAGGUGCGCUCUCGUACUUGCACUCCGAUGCAUCCACUCAGAUUUUGCACGGAGACAUAAAGAGCACAAACAUAUUGUUGGAUGAAAACUACACCGCAAAGGUCGCUGAUUUUGGAGCAUCCAGGCUAGUCCCCCUCAACGGCACACAGCUGAACACGCUGGUUCAAGGCACGCGUGGGUACUUGGACCCCGAGUACCUCCACUCGAGCCAGUUGACUGAGAAGAGCGAUGUCUAUAGCUUCGUCGUGUUGGCUGAGUUGCUGACUGGACUGAGGGCCUUCUCCUUUGAGCGGGCUGAGAAAGAGAUGAACUUGUCCUUGUAUUUUGCUUCUGCGAUAAAGAGCGAGAGGCUGUUUGAAAUCAUCGACCCAAUGGUGCUGAACAAUGGGAACCCAGAAGAGAUUAAGGAAGUUGCGAUGCUGGCAAACCAAUGCCUGAGAGUGAAAGGCGAAGAUCGGCCAACCAUGAAGGAAGUGGCAAUGGAAUUGGACGGACUGAUGAGGAUGAUGGAUAGGCAUCCAUGGUCGAAUCGGAGCGGUGACCUUGAAGAAGCUGAACAUUUGCUUGGUGAGAGAUCAAACGAAUGUUAUGGCAUCCUCAGAAGCAAUGCAUCAAGAGAUGUAAGUAACCAAAUGUCCUUCGAAAUUGAAAGUGGAAGAUGAGACGUCAUGGCAAUGGUGGUCCUUGUACUAUUAUUCCUUUUUUUUUUGGGUGUGUAUUUCCUCGUCUUUUUUUUGUCUGUUUAGUUGCUUGGUCUAUGUGAUUAACGUUCAGAUGCAACGUCCAAAUGGAGUGACUGGCCUUAUUUGUGUAACAUAACAUUCGGACGAUAUUUGAAAAAUAAAAAAGGCCAAAAACAUUCUUGAGCUUUUCUCUCA